AUGGCCCGCCGCAUCCUCCUCAUCAACGGUGCCAACCUCAACAUGCUCGGCACCCGCGAGCCCGAGAUCUACGGCACCACGACCCUGGACGACGUCGUCGUCGCCGCCCAGGCCCAGGCCCAGGAUCUGGGCGUCGAGCUCGAGGUCUUCCAGUCCAACCACGAGGGUGCCAUUGUCGACCGCAUCCAAGAGGCCGGCGGCUUCGGUCAUUUGGUGACGACGCCCGUCGCGGGCCACGCGGAGCACAAACGCGUCGACGCCAUCAUCAUCAACCCGGGCGGCUUCACGCACACGAGCGUCGUCAUCCGGGACGCGCUGCUGGGCGUCAGCAUCCCGUUCGUCGAGCUGCACGUGAGCCAGGUGCACGCGCGCGAGGCCUGGCGGCACCACAGCUACUUCCACGACAAGGCGACGGCCGUGAUUGCCGGCUUGGGCGCGUACGGCUACACGGUGGCCAUUGAGUUCUGUGCGAAGCACUUGAGAGUGAAGGGCAAGUAG